CCGAAGGCUUGCCAACAACCGCAGUAACAGACCGCAAUUACUUCGCCAUCAGCCUUGGGCAUGGCCACUCGUGGUGUCGCGUGCCCCAAGCUUCUCCAAAACCUCCCAUAUUUCCUCCUCCGGCGUUUUAGCUCUGCUCCAUCCCCGAUCGCUGCUGCCGUUUCUCCUUUAAAUCUAGUGGAAAGAGCCGACAGUGAGGCCAACUUCUCCAUCAAUCCCACCGUCACCCCAACUCAAUCUUCCAGAGACAGCAUCGUUGAUUUUCAAGACGUCAAGGGAUUAUUCUCAACGGUUUCCACCCCAAGGCUGUUGAAAUCGUUGAUCACCCUGGAAAUGGCUGCAGUUGACCCCAUGGUGGAUAUGGGCCUGUGGGUCAUGAAUUCCAGGCUUAUGGAAACGCCUAUCUUGAAGCAGGUUAUAUCGGAAGCUAUAAAACAUACUUUUUAUGAUCAUUUCUGUGCCGGUAAAAAUUUGGAGGAGGCAGGUAGGACCAUCACCAGGCUAUGGGAUCCUGCUGGAUUGCAAGGGAUGUUGGAUUACGGUCUGGAAAAUGCUGCGGACUAUGAAUCCUGCGAUCAGAAUAUGAUGGAGUUUAUCAGGACAGUUGAAUACUCAAGCUCUCUGCCACCGUCCUCUGUUAGCUUUGUUGUAGUGAAGAUUAGUGCAAUUUGUCCCCCUAGUUUGCUUAGAAGAGUAAGCGAUUUGCUGAGAUGGGAAUACAGGGAUAGUGCUUUCCAUCUCCCCUGGAAGCUUAAUUGUUUUCCAAUUUUCUCAGAUUCAAGCCCCUUUUAUCAUACCCCAAAAAAGCCAGAGCCUUUGUCCCCAGAGGAAGAGCGAAAUCUCCUCUUGACUCAUGAAAGAUUAUUCAAGAUUUGUGAAAAGGGUAUGGAAGCCAAUGUUCCACUACUAAUUGAUGCAGAGGACACUGCCCUGCAACCAGCAAUUGAUUACUUGACGUACUCCUCGGCUGCCCUGUAUCAUAGAGAUGAUGAACCUCUACUUUUCGGAACAAUUCAAGCUUACCUAAAAGAUGCAAAAGAUAGGUUGGUAAAGGCAAAGAAAGCAGCAGAUAAAGCUGGAGUGCCGGUGGGGUUUAAGUUGGUGAGGGGUGCUUAUAUGUCGAGCGAACGAGGAAUAGCAGCUUCUCUGGGAGCGGAGUCUCCUAUUCAAAACAAUAUCCAAGAAACGCAUGCAAGCUAUAAUAGCUGCGCAGAGUUUCUGCUUGAAGAGGUUGCUAGUGGAUCCGGCGCCGUAGUUCUUGCAACACACAAUGUUGAAUCAGGGAAAUUUGCAGCGGUUAAGGCAACAGAGUUGGGAAUCGGAAAGGAUAACCGGAAGCUCCAAUUCGCUCAACUUUAUGCAAUGGCAGAGACGCUGUCUUUUGGAUUGAAAAAUGCAGGAUUUCGAGUCAGCAAGUACUUGCCAUUUGGACCUGUAGAGCAGAUUAUGCCCUACCUCCUUAGAAGAGCUGAAGAAAACAGAGGUCUCUUAUCUACCUCGAAUAUGGACCGACUUUUGAUGAGGAAAGAGCUGAACCGGAGACUGAAGUCCUUCUUCACUGAGGAACAAGGUUACUAAAUCACCAGGCUAUGGAAUCGAGUUGAAGACUGGUUUUGAAGGACCGAAGCAACAAGUCAUGUAUACCAUCAUUGAAUAACAAGAAGAAAGAGCAACUUGCAGGCCGACAUAAUGAGUAUAUACCCAAAAUGCAGAAAAAUAAGGCUGCAAAUCCAAUGUUGAACGACUGUUGCAAAUGUACAUACAAAAGCAAAAAAAUGAAGAUUGAUUAGCAACUAGUAGGUUCUUGGUCGUCAUGUUGUUGUUGCUUUGUGCAAUGUACAUUAAGCUCACCUUUUGUUGUUGAAAUAAUAGAGUAGUAUUUUGUAAAAUAUUUAGUAGCCUUUCUCAA